AUGUCGGACGACACGCGGCCUCGCACUGUGGAGAGCGACCAAUGCGCGGCAUUGAGCGAGGCGGGCGUGAGUGCCGCCGACCGUGCGGUCGCGGCUCUCCGCGCGCUCGGGCGCGAGGCCUACAGCCACCAGCGCCAGGUGCUGCAAUUGCAGUCCGACGGGGGAGACGUCCUCCUCUGCGCGGCGACGGGCGCCGGAAAAUCUGCCGCCUACCAGGCGGCUGCGUAUGCGGCGCCCGACUGGACGCUCAUCGUCGUCCUGCAGCCGCUGGUCGAGCUCAUCCAUGAGCAGACGGCGCGCACGAACGCCGACUUUGCGGAGCUUACGCGGCUCGGGUGGAGUGUCGGGCGCGCCAUGCACGGCGCUCAUUACGGGCGGCCCUCGGACGGUGCGGCGCCUGCCGCAGCAGACGAGCCCAGCGCCGCCCCGCUCGACACGCCCGAGCUUGCGGAGGGCAGUCUUGCGCACGCCAUAGCGUACGACCCGCAGCUGCGCAUCGUCUACGUGACGCCCGAGGAGCUGGCGAGCAAGGAGAGCGGGCGGUGGACAGCUCGAAGCGCGGCGAUGCAGUGGGCGCUUGCCACGCGCAAAGGAGAGAUACUCGCCUGGGCCUACGACGAGUGCCACCUCGUCGACCGCUGGGGCUCCACUUUUCGCGACGCGUACCUGCACGUCGAGGAGGCGUGCACUGCGGACAACACUCGCGGCUAG